GAAGAGAGAGAUAAUAAUUGAUGAAUUGAGAGUAGAAAACAAUUACAAUAUUGUCCUGUAUAAGAUGCGUGCAAAAACGAAACGUUUAUAUUUUCAUUUGCGUUUUUUCCAUGUGACGAAAAUAUAUUCGCGACCGGCAUUAUACGGUUACAAAACGACAAUAAUUUGCUAGUACUUGCUUUUAUUCUCAUAUAUACAGUAUUAAAUCGUGGUUUCGACGAGUAUUCCGUCGGUUCUCUUAUACUACCCCCAACCAUGUUACUAUACAUAUUUUAACUGGCGCUUUUUGGAUCGAUACAGUAUAUAUAAAUUGACACAAUAUUAUUUCUUCUAUCUCAAUAAACGACAUCGAUCUUUCCCAAGUACAGAGGCUGGGCCAUCGUCGAGGGGCUUUAGAAGUUUUUUUUAUAAAUUUGUACUCGCGGAAUAUCGCAGUCAAAUUAACAUUUCUGACCAACAGUAACGCAUUAAUCAAUACAGUCUUCUUUUCUUGUGAGGUAUUAUAAUACAAAAUGGCCUCCGCACUGUGGGACGCGACACCACCACUACUGCGCUCCCUCUGUCCCUAUCAAACAUAACCACCAAUACAUCGAUUCGUUGCUUUAACCCAGUCAGAUACGUUUCCGUUAUUUCCUAUUAAUUUUCAUUUAUGCACACAUACGUAGGUAUACAAACAUGCAAAUACGCGUGUGUGCAUGAAUGUUGCAUCCGUUUUAGCUUGGAUGCUUAAACUUUAAAUGCGAGCACGUCGUUUAUAUAAUAUAAAGUAUACAAAACGGGUUCGAAAAGGCAUGAAAUAUGUAUGCUACGCAUAUAUCCUGCGAAUCGGCCUAAAAUCACACUUUCUCAUAACGUUGAUAAAUAAUAUGUCCAUGGACUGAAAAUGUCUGGAGAUGAUGAAAAUUGAGCAGAGUGGUACGUGCAGAGGCCAUGUUGUCAACAACAAAAUAAAGCAGCAAAAAGCAGAGCAAACUAAAAUUACAAACGCAUCGAUCGUAAAACACACAGGCAUUGAUAACAAAAUACCGGCAUAGUAUUUUUUUGGAGAAAAAAAAAGUAAGGAAAUAAAGCGAGCCAAACUGUGCGGUGUAGUGUGCGUGCACGCAUCUGCACGAAUAUUUCGGGCUAGUGGAGUGCACGAGCAGCAGGAUAUUACCUCGAAAAUAGGAGAAAAUAAUAUUCCGUAUGGGCGGUAAAGAAAGAGAAAGAGGCGGUAGUUAAAGUAAAACUAUUAUCGAAAGAGUACAUUUCCGUUAUUACAUAUGAUUUUCUUUCAUUCAUUUUCCAUUUGGGUGGAGUAACAUAUCGAGAAGCAGGGAAAAAAAAAACAAAUAUCAACAAAAGCCUAGAUUUAAGGAAGGUCUGUACUCGACUAGAAAAUAAGUGGUGAAACUUUAUGUCAAAAUCCAUAAUCCACAACACACCGGUCUAGUAUAAAUUGUAACGAAAGAGUUGAGUCGAGAGAGAGAGAGAGAGAGAGAGGUGACGUCUGCGCAAGUGCGUACAGACAGAGAGAGAGAGAGCGAGAGAAAAAGACAGAGCGCACGAGGGCGAGAAGAGCCAAUGAUUGAACGAUAUAAUUUCUCUUUUGGCCCCUCUCCCCGAUCCCUGAAAACGAAGCGAGCGAGUGAGCGAGCGAACGAGUCAACGGGAGCGAGUGAGAUGCGUGGACGUGCGCGCGCCUGUGUGCAUGUCGAGCGAGAGGAGGGAGAGAGAGAGCGAGUGAGAGAAAUUGAGAGAGGCAGCAGCAGCAGCAGGCAGAGACACACAUACAUAUACGGACGAACUACAGACCGACAGAUAGAGGGAGUGGUAGUCGAAUGGCGGAGAGAGGAGUGGGAGGAGAGAUGGUGUCAGCCGCAGAAGCAGCGCCACCGUAACGUCAAGGCGGUAGACACAUCGGUCUCAACACUUUCAUCGGGGGGAGAGACUCCUCUAUGACCUGCACUUGUGGCUGUCAAUGUGUUUGCAGAGGACCGUUUCAGAGACGAUUUGUGAUGAAAGUCAGUAGGUGGAGACGCCUUGGAAACCAGCUAUUGUGCAGCUCAAGCCACGAUAAAUCAUGAGGACGUUUAGUUGUGAUUUAUCGAUUGGAAUAAAAUGGUGCGCGAUCCUCUUGUACUGGAUAUGAGGCGCCGGGUACGCGUGUACCGAACGGAGCGACGAUGCACGCGGACGUCUUGGACACUCUAAGAUUCCUCGCGUGCGAAAAGACAUUGGGACCAAUACGAGGGUAUGGCCAUACACAAAUGCUGUAUCUAAGCUCGACGCAGUUUUCCAUCAGUCCGAAUUCCGCGAGUCUGAUUCUUCCCACGUCAGUGAAAAUUCAAAUUGCGUAUCCCGUGGCGCCCCACCCCCCAACAGGAUUCGUACCAGCGCCUGCGCAGCCAGCGACAUACGGCGUCGCUGGUGCUGGUCCGUAUGGGGUUUUCCCGAAUCAACCGCAACUGUACGCGACACAAGGACCUCCGCCGCCGGCCUAUGAUCAAACACUUACACAUCCCAUGAUGUACCAGCCGAUGUACGGUCAAGGCUAUCCGGGCGGAUAUUUGGCAGGUUAUCCGACGGCCUACGGUCCGCUUCAAUAUUACCCCCCGCUCGCGGCGGCCGCAGCUUAUUACCCAGCUGCAACAAUGCAACCCGCGCCUGUCAGGCCAACGAUAAUGGUCCCCAACGGAUUCGACGGUGGACGAUUCGACGGGAUAUCACAACCUGUCUUACCACCUCCACCGCCAGGUGUCGCUGCCAAUGCCGCCCAGUUAGCUGCAAUGGCAGGCCACAGUGUUGCUCUCUCCCAAAAGAAGGGCUCUUUCCUGGGGGGCGGUACGGAGGGGGGUUACACCUUUUGGUAAAACCUUUGUCAACCAGCUAGAUAACGUUCAGAGAGAGAGAGAGAGAGGAAGAAAGAGAGAAAAAGAGAGAGAGGGAGGGAGAAAGAGAGGAAAAGAGAGAGCGAGAUACAGAGACACACAAAGCCACGCAGAGCGAAUCGAAAUGAAUAACUGUGAGAAAUAAAAAGGGAAGAAACUUCGAUAUAGAAUCGAGUGGCAGAACGUUGCACGGGGAUAACGUAAACGAAAAUGCACGUAUGCGCGCAGCCACGAAGUUUCACGAUGGACGCGCAAGGACCGAGUCCGAGUGGAGGUCUGAGGUUUCAAAAUCUUCCUACUCCUUGAAUUUCUACGCAUAGAUACAUUUCACUGGCCCUCACGUUGCUCAAUCGCGGUUUACCGCAAGCGAACACAUUCAAGCAUUGAACAAAAUUUGACAAAGAUACAAAAAUUCAAUAAGUUGUCGUGGCUCAUCGGUGGGAGAAUUAUUGAGGAAUAUCCGGUGAGAUAUCAACAAGUUUUCACAGACAUUUUUUUUGAUGAUGCGGGUCCUUCUUGCGAUUCGUUUGUUAUAUAUGUUAGCGUGAAGUGUAGUUACGAAUAUCUAAGAGAGGGAGAGAGUGUUCUGUGCCGUUGGCGUGAGGCUUUUGAGAGAGAUUACAACAUAACGGAUGCCAAGAUGACAGCUCAACACGUCUGUAGGCUUAAGUUUCUCCUGGAAGAAAACAUACGAUGAUCGUACUCCACUUUGUGUCACAACGCUGUAGGUCAAAUGAGAAUAAUGUUUUCUAAAAAAAUUCUACGACAGGCGUUCUUCACCGAGUGAACUAAUUUCAUUACGCUUUUAAUAUUUUCCCUUACGAAAAAUCGUCUCCUUGAUAUAAAAACAUGGGAAAAGUCACGUUAAAUAUGAUGAAACACAUCGCUCCGCAUCUCUCUCUCUCUUUCAUCUCGUGAAUUUAUAAUGAGAUGUACAUAUUACGUUGAUAUUUGUAUUAUAUUUAAAUUAUUAUUAUCGUAGCCAUUCGAUCAUGCGCACAGCUUGCGCAUGAUCAUUCUCAAUUGGAUGACGGGAGUAGGAAAAAGAAAGAGUAAGAGUAAAAAAAACAAAAAUGCGGAAAUAAAUGAAAAAUUGACAGAUUAAUGACUGAGGUAUAUACGGAAUACCCAUUCUUUUGAGUUGGUCACCGAUUACGAGGCGAAUAUACAGUUUGCCAGCACGAAAGUGGCUGGAUUGCGGGUUAUUGAAUUUUGCGGCUUACAUGAGACAAUACGAGGAUGUAGUAUCAACAAAACUGUUUCAUGUAUCCAAGAAAUAAAAACACAUGACUGUACCAUCGAA